UGCAACCUGUUUUCUGCACUCCGUUACCAGUGCACCAUCGAAAGUCAACAUGCCCGAACCAUCCAAGGAGCCAUUCGUGAAUCCCCUACCAACCCCAAAACCACAACUAGCAUGAUGGACAUGGCGAUGCCACACACCACCCAAGACCUUUACCCUCACAAACUCCAGCCGCAGUACACACAGAUCCGCGAACUUGCCAACGCUAUCUUUGGCCGCGUGCUGCUGUGUGUGGACAACUACACACAGACACCGGUAGCGAUCAAGUGCAUGAACAUGCAAGCGUCCCAAGCCAAGUUGUCGCUGCUAGACAACAUUGUCGUCAACGAAGACGUGGCGAUGGAGAAGCAGGUGCUCCGCACGCUCAGCGCGGACGGCGGGCACCCAAAUGUCCUCUGCCUGCUCAACGACUUUCAACACGCCGGCCAUGACUUUCUCGUCCUCGAGUACUGCGCUCAAGGCGAACUGUUUGACGUCGUCAGUGCGCAAGACCGUCUCGCGCUCCCCGCCGCACAAACGUUUUUGCGCCAAGUGGCCAGUGGCUUGCAGUACAUGCACAGCCACGGGUACGCCCACUGCGACCUGAGUCUCGAAAACGUCCUCGUGGACGUGGCAGGGCAAGCCAAGCUGUGCGACUUUGGCCUGGCCGCAUCCCUCUACGAAUGGAAGACUGGCGGCGUGGGCAAGCCGUUCUACAUGGCUCCAGAAAUGUACACCCUGCAGUUUUACGCGCCUGGCGCCGCGGAUGUGUGGUCCCUCGGCAUGAUGCUGUUCAUCAUGGUCACGGGCAGUCCGUUGGUGCAGAAGGCGCACUCGAGUGACCCCACGUUCCGUUUCAUUCAAACGUUCGGCUUGCGCGCGAUCGUGUCGGCGUGGCGGAUGGAGAGUUUGUUCAGCGCCGAGGCCCUCGACCUCUUGUGCCGCAUGCUGGAUCCGAACCCGUUGACCCGCAUGACGCUAGACGAAGUGCUGGUCCACGACUUUGUGUACGAAGACAUCCCGUUGCCCCCCGUCGACGACGACGUUUUUGGCUGGAUGGAUACCUUUUUGCGCUCCAAGAAGAACCCGUCCAUGUUGAGCUAAACUUGACCGCUCAAGAUAUGUUAUUUAUAGCUAAAUUAAUCCCAGUCGUUGAGUGCCUCCUUCAAAAUCA